ACUCUCGACUGGACCAAGCCUUUCAACUCCUCAACCGGACUCAUCAAGUGGACAAACUACGUCAUCGGCGCCAUGUUCCCUCCAUCCCAAGGAUUGCGGCUUGAUAUAGAUGCCAUCAGUCAAAUAUGCGGAUCUGUAUCCAUUGCAUGCUGGAUAGUUGUCUUUUCACCUCAAAUCAUUGAGAACUGGAGAAGGAGCUCCGCAGACGGUCUUUCGGUGGUAUUCAUCAUAAUAUGGCUUCUCGGAGACUUCUUCAACAUCUUUGGCGCUGUGUUGCAGGGCGUUUUACCCACCAUGACCAUCCUAGCUGUAUACUAUACGCUCGCCGACAUUGUCUUACUCAGCCAAUGCUUCUGGUAUAAAGGCUUUACCUUGAAGGACGAAGUCAAGACAUCCGACGAGGAUAGUAGCGACGAAGAAACUGAAGAUUCACCACUUCUCUCCGACACACGGCAGCCCACGAAUGGCUCGUCGUCCGCCAACGGGAAUGGCUAUCACUCGUUCCCACGCGGUGAUGGCAUGAACAGCCCACCCGCAAUUGCAGACAUAGAUAGGCGCCGUUCCUCUUCCCAAAACUCUUUUCGCGAACGCUUUCUGUCUAUAGACGGCCGCCAUCUUUCUCCCGUAACCCCACUGCUUGACUCCGACUCGGAUGAAGCCCCCGGUUUCAAAAAGGCAUCCCGGAGACAGCCCACCCAGUCGACGGCGCAAACAGUCGCUUUCAAUCUCGGCACCAUCUUGCUUGUCUGUGCAGCGGGCGUGCUGGGAUGGUGGCUUUCGACCACCCGCUCUAAAGACACCAACGAACCACCUCAAUCUUCCCCUUCCUCAUCUCUCCAAUUCAACCUCUGGGGCCAGAUCUUCGGAUACAUCUGUACAGCCCUCUAUCUAGGUUCCCGCGUGCCACAGCUUCUCCUCAAUUACCGCCGCAAAUCCACCGACGGCAUCUCUAUGCUCUUCUUUCUUUUCGCAUGCAUUGGUAACCUCACCUAUGUGCUGAGCAUCGUCGCGUACAAACCUGUCUGCAGCGUCCCGAAAGACUGCGAACCGGGAGAGGCGAGAUCCAUCUACGGAAGAUACAUUGCUGUGAAUCUCAGCUGGUUGCUCGGGAGUUUCGGCACAUUGGUUUUGGAUGCGUUUGUAUUUGUGCAGUAUUUCCUUUACCGUAAAGAUGAUGAGAGCGACGAUGAGGAGGAUGGAGAGGACACAGACGAGGAAGAGUAG